GGAGUCUGAUUUCGCAACAUAAACGCUCGGUGCGGACGAUUUCGUUCUUCUCGGACUAGAACUCCCGAAAUUCACGUGAAAGUGCACAGAAAAAACGGUCGCCGGCGGAACCCGCAGAUAGAAAGGAUUGGUAAUAAUCAGAUUUCGGAGUGUGAUGUUAACGGAAAUCAUUAGGCAACCAUCAUGAGCGUAAUCGAUUUCAUUCUGAGCAGAAACAGUUGUUAAGCAAAGACAAGCUGCAGCAGCAAGCAAGCAAAGCAGACUUUGUUUUAUUUGGAGACGAUAGCCAACCCGCCCAAAAUUUACCGUUCCCCAACCAACCAUGCUUCGUCGUAAGUAGAACCGGAUCGCAACGCGAGUAAGCGCCCGCCGAGGGCGAACAGUAUUUGCCGGGUAUAUCCUUUUGAGCCCUCCAUUCCCCGGAUGCGUAUCAUUAGUGUACGAGCUGGCAGAUCAUUCUUCAACCAUUUUUCAAAAUGAUACGAAGACUCUUCAGCACGCUGAUAACGGACUGUCCGCCACCGGGUGACUUUUUGCCCGCACCGAUCUACUCCGGAAGCAGCAGCAGCAGCAGCAGCAACAACAACAGUAAUCAUCAUCAAUCGGCAUCCGGUGGUGGUGGACCGGCCGAUUCGGCGCUACCGGUCGCGUUUCAGUCGGCUUCCUCGUUACAAUCGCUAGCAUGGUUACACACGACCUCGCCCUGCUUCCCCGUGUCCGGCGAUCGUAUCGAGGUGAUCCGUGAACCGACCGCCUUCUACAACACGCUACUCGAGAAGUGUACGACUGCACGGCGUAGAAUCAUGCUCGCUAGCCUUUACCUCGGUACCGGUAACCUCGAAACGAGGCUCGUCCACGCAAUACACGAGAACCUGCAGCGUAACGAUCGGUUGCGUGUGAGCGUACUGCUCGAUUUCACGCGCGGUACCCGGGGCAUCAGCAACAGCAAAACGACGCUCAUGCCACUGGUGGAGGAAACGGACAACUUUCGGCUUUCACUUUACCACACUCCGGUGCUGCGCGGGAUGACCAAGCGGUUGGCGCCACCCCGCUGGAAUGAGCUGCUGGGCAUACAGCACAUGAAGCUGUAUCUCAUCGACGAUACGGUCAUCCUGUCCGGGGCGAACCUUUCGAACGAUUACUUUACCAACCGACAGGACCGGUACGUCAUGAUCGAGGAUCGCCGUCUGGCCGAUUUCUAUGCACAGUUCCUAGACAAAGUGCAGGAGUUUAGCCUGACGGUUGGCCGCGAUGGUGGAACGAAGCUGCACGACACGUGGACCAUGCUGCCGUACAAGUGCACCCAGUACGAGUUCGCUACCGAGGCCCGGGAGCGAAUAAGGACAUUCUUUCGUGGUGUUAUGGCAGAGCAGAGGAACUUGUUGCAGCAACAGCAGGACGAUGGUGCCGAUACGUGGAUCUUUCCGUUGAUCGAAAUGGGACAGCUUGGGAUUCAUCAUGACAGCUUGGCAACGAAGCAACUCCUGUCCGGCUGCUUACCCGGUUCACGUUUACGGCUGGCCACGGGCUACUUUAAUCUCACGGAAACCUACAUGCGCACGCUGACGAACGAUUGCCAGGCACAGUGCAACAUCCUGAUGGCACAUCCGAAUGCGAAUGGUUUCCUUGGAGCAAAGGGCCCUGCUGGUGGCAUCCCGGCCGCAUACUCACUGUUGGCACGCAAGUUUCUCGAAUCACUGCGCAGCUCAGGCCAAAGCCAUCGCGUGGAGCUGUUCGAGUACGAGCGGCCCGGAUGGACGUACCAUGCGAAGGGCCUGUGGUACUAUCUGCCCGAUUCCACCCUGCCCAACGUGACCCUCAUCGGUUCGUCCAACUUUGGCGAACGGUCGGUGCACCGGGAUCUAGAGGCACAGAUCUGUCUCGUGACGACGAACGAUGGACUGCAGCGAAAGCUACAGGCGGAGUACGAAAAUUUGCUCCAGCACGCGACGACGGCGGAAACGGAUCUAGUAAAUCGGCCCGUACCACGCUGGGUACGGGCCGUCGUCGGGUUGUUUCGGAACUUUUUCUAAUCUCCACCUCGGGGAUAGUCAACUGAAUUGCAGUGCAUUGCGCGGUGAGUGCAGCUGACUAAGCCGGCAGGCAGGGCCGCGCCGCGCGCCAUAAUCGUCAAAUCUCUUGUUACGACGACGUUAAAAGACAGUUCCUUGUAUCGUCCGCUUCCGUACCUUAUGCCGUACCGCCGUGAAAGGUUACCAAAUGCUGCUGAGUGCGCGCCCGCGCUUUCCCGUUUGAAGUAGCACACUUUGUACAUGUUGUUGGUUGUAUAAUAUUCGUUGGUUCUUUCCCCCCCCCUUUUUUUAUUAAAGAUUUUACAGUGCUUGGAAGACACAGCCCCCCCACAA